AUGGAAGGGACUUUAAUCAAUUUGUCAUUCAGACAGUCAUGGAACAAUUUGGUAGAUUUACCUGCAAAUUUGUCAAGCGUAUUAUACAAUGCCAACGUUUCCCCACAAGAAGUGAUCGUUGAACUUGUGCUGCAGUCACAACAGAAAAGUUACGUUGGGUGGUCUGGUAUGAGUUCGGAUGGCCCAAAGAUAGUAUCCAUGGAUCCAAUUUUCGCUCAUUCCCUAAAACUAGCGGACAAGCAGUUGCUUACUGUGAAUGUGAAAAUUCGAAACCCGAAGACAUCCACUAUCUUCUUAGAACCGGAGCACUCUUCAGAUUGGGAGCUUGUCGAGCUUCAUUCUAGUUAUAUCGAGUCGAAAUUGAUUGAACAAUCUCGCUGUGUUGCUUUAAAUCAAGUUUUGGUUGUGUAUCCAACCAAAACUUCUUCGGUCAGGUUACUAGUGAAAGAUAUUGGAAAUCCUGAAUUUACCUACGCCUUAAUUGAUCCAUUCGCUGAAAUUAGUAUUGCUCCUAAGUUGAAAGAAAGGAAGAAGAGAACGUCGAGCCAUUCGGUGAAGUCUGCAAAAAGUAAUCGUUCAACGCACGAGGACGCAAAUGUUGGACCCUGCGUUUUGAAGCGUGGCAUUGGGUUGCCAAAUGAUUUAUUCCUUGAGGCACAAUGUAAAGAAAAUUCAAAGGCAAUUGAGGUCUAUGCUAAUUUAAAUGAACUUCUGCAUAUUUUUAACCGUGCUGACUUUGUUUCUGUCUCCAUCGUCCUAGGUCCAUCAGUAAAAGCUGAGCAUCCUGGUCUGGAGUCGAAUCAGAAGCACAAUUCUGGUCUGACGAAGGAUAAAGAUAGCGUUCACCUUGUUGAGAAUCCGAAUGUGAUUGCGAAGCUUGUCAGCUACCCUUCCGCCCCAGCAAACACUGUCGGACUAAGUAAGGAUCUUGCAACAAUGUUAAAUGUGGAGGGAAUGAUUGGCUUCAAAGUCGUUCUCAAGGCAGCAGUUAAAAAUGUUUCGAAGCGGCCUUCGACUUUCGUAAUUCACCCAUAUAUUGUUCAAACCAAGAAAACAGAAGCAAUCAAUUUGAAUUCGGGAUUGAAGGGUGAGGUUCAGAGCAAGCUUUCCCAAGGUAUAUCCCUGUUCCUCUAUGAGAAAGGCAAUAUGAUCACUGAUAGUCCCAUCACUAAUAUGACGAGAAUUCCGGCGAUUCCUGGGGUUUUGCCUCAUGGAGGAAUUCUUUGUUUCAAAAGAAUUGAUGAUCCGUAUGCUUGGAUAAAGCCAUACUCCCUUGAGGGCAAGACUCCGCCAAAGAUUGAAAUUGGACAAGAGUUGCCAAGAGCAAGCACAUUCGUGGAGAAUAUAUUACAGCUUGACCCGAGUCCUUUGUAUGGAUCCGACCUGACACUUGACGACAUAGUUGACCAUAUCGUUUCUUUCAACAACUCUGGUAUCAUGUUACAUGGUCCUUCAGGAUGUGGUAAAACCCUAAUCUUGCAGCAUGCUACUCGAAAGUUGCGCCAUUGCGGCUUCUUCGUUAAAUUUAUUUCAUGCGAAACAAUAAUGAAUGAGUCCAUUGAUCAGCUUUGCAACAACUUCAGCAAGUGGAUAAACGAGGCGGUGUGGUAUGAACCAUCGGUUUUGAUUUUGGACAAUUUAGACAAGAUUUUGUCUGCUGAGGUUGAACAUGGAGAUUCUUCUGUUUCUAAUCAGCUCAGUGAAUUUUUGAACUCUCAUAUUCAAAAGGUGAACUCUCAAAACAAGACGAAUAUCUCGCUUUUGGUUUCUGGAGUCUCGAAGGAUUCGUUCAAUAAAGCCCUCUCAUUGUCUCACCUCAUUGAAGAUUAUAUUCAUUUGAGAGCCCCUCAGAAGAUCGCGAGGCAUGAAAUUUUAAAUGAAUACCUUGUCAAUCAUUUGGGUUGUUCCAUAAAGUUUGAUAUCAUGGAUAUUGUGCUGGAAACCGAAGGGUAUCUUCCCAAUGACUUGAAGGUUCUCAGUGACAGAAUCUUUUAUGAAUGUUUAUAUCAAAAGCAAUUGACUAAUUGCAGAGAUCUGCAGCUAACUGUUACUAAGUCAAUGUUGGAGAAAGCGAUCUCCGGAUAUCAGCCCUCAAAUUUAAGGGGUGUGAAACUCCAAAAGUCCACCACCGGUUGGGAAGAUAUUGGGGGGUUGACGGAAGCCAAAAAUGUUUUACUAGAAACAUUAGAAUGGCCUACCCGAUAUGCCCCAAUUUUCCAGAAUUGCCCUUUAAGAUUGAGGUCUGGUAUACUUCUAUAUGGCUACCCAGGAUGUGGAAAGACUCUUCUUGCUAGUGCAAUUGCGGGACAGUCGGGAUUGAACUUUAUCUCCAUCAAAGGUCCAGAAAUCUUAAACAAGUACAUAGGCGCAUCCGAACAAUCGGUGAGGGAACUCUUCGACAGAGCCCAGGCUGCAAAACCUUGCAUUUUGUUUUUUGAUGAGUUUGACUCGAUUGCACCCAAGAGAGGACAUGAUUCAACAGGUGUGACUGAUAGGGUAGUCAAUCAAAUGCUUACACAAAUGGAUGGUGCUGAAGGACUCGAUGGCGUUUAUGUCUUGGCUGCAACGAGCAGACCAGACUUAAUCGACUCUGCCUUACUUCGUCCGGGUCGUUUAGAUAAAAGUAUCAUUUGUGACAUGCCGAAAUUUGAUGAUAGAUUCGACAUCUUACAAAGAAUAUGUCUGAAAAUGGAGUUGAGUGAAGAUGUGGAUUUAAGAAAAGUUGCUCAGAAUACUGCCGGUUUCAGUGGAGCAGAUAUGCAAGGAUUGGGUUACAAUGCUUACUUGAAGGCUGUGCAUGAAAAAUUGGCGGAGCAGGAGACGGUGUUGGCCUCUGUAUCCUCUGAUGACAAGACUUACGAGUUCUUUCAAAUUAAUAGCGAGAAACUUAAAAGCAGAUCUCUUAAACCAUCUGAUAAAGUCAGGUUGCUUCACCAAAUUGAGAAGAUCCUAAGUAACCCUGAAGGAAUGUUUGAAGGUUCCGGAAAAAAAAGUGAUGAAAGCCUGGCCGUUGUUAUUAGACAGUGCCAUUUUGAUGAAAGUUUGGACGAAACAAAACCAUCAAUUUCUGCCUCUGAGAAAGCGAAGCUUACAAAAAUUUAUACCCAGUUCUCUACUGGGAGAGAUGGGAAUAUGCCCGAUGGCGCCGCAAGCAACGACAUAGGAGGCAGAACUACUCUUAUGUAG